CUACAACUUCAAUCAACUUCACUAUCCAGUCCUGCUCCGUUCCUUGCCUUGGAACUGGUGCUGUCUUAGCCAUUUGGUGAUGUGUUUCAGCUCUCUCAAGCUGCUAGGAAGCAAAUGUAGCAACCCCCUGCUCAAAAAACUCCAGCAAACCCCAGAAUUCUGCCAGCCGAUUAACUCACCGAGGGGUUAGAGUGCCAGCGCCGGGAGUGGGAUUGCUUGCCAGAAGCAUGGCAGUUCUGUUUACUGAAAUCAUGAAUCCUGUGUAUAGCCCUGGGUCUUCUGGGGUUCCCUAUGCAAAUGCCAAAGGAAUUGGUUAUCCAGCUGGCUUCCCAAUGGGCUAUGCAGCAGCUGCUCCUGCCUAUUCCCCUAAUAUGUAUCCUGGAGCAAAUCCUACCUUCCAAACAGGUUAUACACCAGGCACCCCAUAUAAAGUAUCUUGUUCACCCACUAGUGGUGCAGUGCCACCAUAUUCUUCGUCACCGAAUCCCUAUCAGACUGCUGUGUACCCAGUUCGAAGUGCCUAUCCACAGCAGAAUCCGUAUGCACAGCAAGGCACUUAUUACACACAGCCUUUAUAUGCAGCACCACCCCACGUAAUUCACCACACCACAGUUGUGCAGCCUAAUGGCAUGCCGGCAACCAUGUAUCCUGCUCCAAUUCCGCCACCAAGAGGAAACGGUGUGACUAUGGGGAUGGUGGCUGGGACUACUAUGGCAAUGUCAGCAGGUACUUUGUUGACAACUCAUUCCCCAACUCCAGUAGCCCCUCAUCCAGUUACUAUGCCCACAUAUCGGGCUCCAGGAACACCAACUUAUAGUUAUGUGCCCCCACAGUGGUGAUCAUCCUGGCAGUCAGUGUUUGAAGAUGGGAGAUAUGCAAUCAAGAAAUUGAGGUUUAAAAGUUGGUGCUGAAGCCCUCAUGCCUCCAACCAGGACUUUUCUUCUGAAUGCUUUCAACACUUGGCUAAACACUACUAAUUCCUGAUCACUGAAGAUUUUCCAGUGCUGCAUAUCUUACAUCUUGGAACUCCAGCAGUUAGUCUUAAAGCAAAUCCUGUUUUGUGGACUGUCUUGCAAUUUUUUAGCUAAUUAUAAUGAUAAAAAGGGAGUAUAAAUUUAUUCUGAUCCAUAUCUAGGUGAAUGCAUGUUAAAACACAAAAACAAAGCUUGCUCAAUCUACCUGCAGUGACUGAUGCAAAAACCAUCAUAUGCAAAUCCAAAGGAACCGAAAAGUAUUUUACAACUUGUAUCACUAAUGCACUGUUGUAAUGUAUGCAGGGUCUUAAAAGGUAGAAUCACAAAAGUGAGUUUCUUUAUAGAAUACCAUAAUAUGCGUUAGAUAAGUGCUUCAACCUUUUUCAGGUUGAUGGAGUUGCCAGUUUAAAAGGGGCAUAUUUUUAUUUAAGUGAUGUAUUCUUUUCAAAUUCAACUACUAAAUUGGAGUGACUGGAAAAUGAGUCAGACAAGCUGUAGAAAUCCCGCACACAAUUAGUUUACUUCAUACCUUUUCAUUUUCAUUAUAUGGAUUCAGUGUUAUACAGAUGUUCUUAAGGAUCAGAAUGAAAUGGCAAAGGUAAUGCUGUGUGUGCCAGUAAAUAAAGCAAACUUCCUUCAAACUGGCUCUUAGGAAUAGUAGGAGGUGACAUCACCUGUAUAAUGAAUUGCAUGUCCUGAGGAGAUAUGUAUCCAGUACUAUCUUUCAUAUGAUGCAAGAUGUGUCAAAGUGAGACUGCCACACAGACUGAUAGAAAAACACUUUCUUUUAGUUCUCAGUUCAGGAAAUCCGUGCUGUUUUUCCUAAAGAAUGUUGUAGUCAGUUGAAAACGUAUGUGCAGUUGAUCCAGCUUGCUUUCCUGAAACUUAAGAAAUGCUAGAGCUUUCUACAACAACCAGGAGGAGUUCAGCUGCAUGUUAUUCUGAGGAAAGCUUGUGUGCCUGAUGAGUAUGUUAAAGGGGAACAAACCAUUUUAACACAAUUUCCUUAUUAGCUACUUGCAGUAUGGACUAUGGAUAUGCUGUAGUAGGGCUGCCAGAAUAUAGAGGUUUCAGAUAGCUGUUUUGGGUUUUUUUUCCUGAAAAUAUUUGUAAUUGAAGUAGGAGCCACUUGCUGGUUACAGCAUUUUGAAGUGUUUUCUUAGUAUUUUCUUUUUUUUUUCACUUCCUAAAUUGCACUUGGAAUCACGUAAAAUAAGACUGACUGGAGAUUAGCAUUUCAUUGCAAUGAGUCAUUUCUGAUAUUCUUUCUUGCAACUUCAAUUUUUAAAAAUAAGUACCUCAAAGCAAAUGCUGUGGGGAUAAAGGGCUAGCCUUAGAACCCAUUUGUAUACCAAAAUUGUUAUGGGGGAGAUUUUAAAUUUUUAAAUUUGAAUAUUGCACAUAAAAAUCUCGUUUUUUCUUAAACCUGCUUGACUUACAAUUCCAGACAGAUGCGAUUUUUCUUUUUUUUUUUUUUGGGAUACAUUCUGCCUGCAAUAAAUUAUGCAGUAAAUGGUUAUAAAAUGUUGUUCCCUUUUAAGCGUUUACACAGAGGUAUAUCAGGCUGUAUUGUUCUUGUAGGUUCAUUCAGAAGUAAAUAUUUUUAAGUUGUAUAUCUAGUUACGCUUUGUUUUGGGGUGUUCUGCUCCUGUACAGAUUUGGCAGCUACUUCAGGGUAGCAUCAGUGCUGAUUUGACGCUGCCAUUCCAGUACUCUGCCCUGGUGGGAGGCUUCCGUAUCUUCAUAACCCGUUGGUGGUUAGAGCCUUCAGUAACUUUAUUUUUAUGGUAAGCACUGUCCAUAUUUUUUUACUGCCUUUUUUUUUUUUUUGUUUAAUAAAGUUCAGGUUUAUUUUGCAUGAAUCACUGUCAGUGGACGGCCCCCUUAUUUCUAAUGCCUUGAACAUAACUAUGUUGUUGGAAUAAGUAUUUUAAAACUUACUCAUGAGCACUUACUGCAGCUUAGGGAUUUCCAUGUGUUUUAUAUGGAGCAGAAAAUUACCCAAACGAUUUGAAUCUGUACUGCUUUCUUCAAGCCUGUUUAACAAUUCCAUUUGUGUAGUAGAUUUGCAGCUUUGAUUAGUCAGGUGUGCUGGAGAGUACAGUGAACGUUAAUACAGGCCAUUUCUCCAUUUUAGCUAGUAGAGAGUGACAUUUGUUGUCUUAGCGUGAUUUUAAAAAAGAUCUGAGGUAUGAAACAGUGCUAUGUUGGGGAGAAGCUAUAAAGAACAAGCUCAAAGCUUUGCUGUCCCCUGUCUCACCACCCAGUUAACUAAAGCUUUGAAAAUCAUAGGAGAGAACUCUCAUGAAUGCUGCAAUAGGUAAAUAAUUAAGGAAUGAAUAUAACUUCCUAUAUAUUUGCUCUAACUUAAGAUUCCUAAAUGUCAUCUUGGAAUUGGUCUCUGUAUAAUGUUUCAUAAUAUUUAGGCAGUCUCACUUACUUGAGCACUUUUUUUUCUAAGUUGCAUUAUGGGAUUCAUCCACGAGGGGGAAACUGUACCUUUUUUAAAAGGUACUUACACCUUCCAGUUUUGAUCGAUUAUAAUCUGCUGGGAGGGUGGAGCAUGUCUCCAGUAGUUGAUAUGGAAAGUAACCAAAAGCACAGUGCAGGGGGACGGGGGGGGAAUAUGUGUAUAUAUAACUAUCUUAAUGGUAUUUUGUUGCAAAUAGUAGAAAGCAUGGAUAUAAAACUGCAGCGGGGGAAACUGUACAUCAUUAAAUAGGCGUUUACACAGUGAGGGUCUUAUGAAACAUUCUCUCCUGCUUUUUAUAUAACAUUCCCUAUUUAGAAUUCCUUUAUAAAUAAAUACGCAGUAUGUGUUUGCACUAGAGCUCUUCAGCAAAUGAAAAGAGCUAGUGCAGUAGAGACAUUUCAGAUCAAGCUUCUCUUUAAAAAAACAAAAAAA